AUGGCGGAAAUCGACGAAAAGACGACCCCCAUCGAGCAGGAUGAAAGAAUCAGCAACACCAGCAGAGAAGAACGCAUGGAAGAUGCAGAUCCGGAGAAGAGCCUGGACAAGAAAGGAGUCAGCGUUCCUGAGGAUGCGGACGAGGCGAUGAAGGCGUUCGCCGGCGGUGGGCCGAUCGAGUUGACGCCAGAGGAUAAUAAGCGAUUGCUGAAGAUUAUCGACUGGCAUCUUAUGCCCUUGAUGUGUGUAGUGUACGGGCUGAAUUAUCUGGAUAAGACGACACUCUCAUAUGCCAGCGUUAUGGGAUUGAAGAAGGACAUUAAUCUCGUACGCGACAACUACCAAUGGCUAGGUAGCAUGUUCUACUUCGGAUACCUGGCAUGGGAAUAUCCCACGUCUGUCCUGCUGCAACGACUACCGCUGGCCAAAUAUUCGGCCUUCUGCAUCGUCUCAUGGGGAUUGAUACUUACCCUCUUCUCAGUCGUUCACAACUUCCAGGGAGCCGUUGCAGUGCGGUUCUUGCUCGGUGUAUUCGAGGCUGCAGUCACUCCAGGCUUUGCACUCAUCACAUCUCAGUGGUACACCAAACACGAACAAGCCACCCGCAUCAACAUCUGGUUCUCCUUCAACGGCUGGGCCCAGAUCUUUGGUGGUCUACUAGCAUACGGCAUCGCCGUGGGCUCUCGCACCCUCGGCACUGCCAUCGCACCUUGGAAAACCAUCUUCCUCGUCACGGGCCUUCUAACCGUUGCGUUAGGGGUGUGGUUCUACUGGCUCAUCCCCGACAGCCAGCUGAAUGCACGUUGGUUGAAGAAGGAAGAUCGAGUUCUAGCCGUAGAGCGAGUGAGAAUUAACCAGCAGGGAAUCGGAAAUAAGCAUUUCAAGGUAUACCAGCUUAAAGAGGCACUGAUGGAUCCGAUGACUUGGGCGUUUGUGUUUUAUGCGGUGGCGGCGGAUAUUCCAAAUGGUGGUAUUAGCAACUUCUUCAGCCAACUGAUCGUCGGAUUCGGUUAUACGCCCGAACAGAGUUUGCUAUACGGCACACCCGCUGGCGCCGUCGAAGUGGUUGCUCUUCUCCUCAACGGGUUCCUAGGCGAUUACUACCAGCAGCGUAUCUUCGUCUCUUCCGGGGGCCUACUAAUUGCCAUACUCGGCACUGCUCUCAUGAUCGCGCUGCCAGAGACGCUCCCCGUAGGCCGUCUCAUCGGCUACUACCUGACGCUCGCCUGCCCCACGCCGUUCGUCUGUAUUCUCGGCCUGAUCUCUUCCAAUGUGGCCGGGUAUACGAAGAAGACCACAGUUGCAGCACUUUAUCUUAUUGGGUAUUGCGUGGGAAACAUCAUAGGACCACAAACGUUCCGUCCCGAACAUGCCCCAGAAUACACGCCAGCCAAAGCAACCAUCAUUGCAUGCUUCACAGCCUGUCUCGUGGACAUGUAUUUCAUCUGGUGGUGGUAUAAUCGGCAAAACGCAAAGAAAGCCCAGCUCAGAGCCGAACCAGGCUACACCAAGGUCGAAAACCAGGAGUAA